CGGUGCUGGACCCCGGCGUUCCGGCUCUGGCCAUGUCGGCGGGGAGAGAGACGGCCGACAGCGAUGAUGGAGCAACGGCAGAACCUACAGUGUGCUCUUGUGCCCCCACUUUCUCCCAUACCGUGGUGACUCAGCCCUGGGGCAGGAGUCUUGGGUCAGUCGCGGGGGGAGAGGACUAGGGAACACCCCCACCCCCACUUCCAGUACACACAGCAAGGCGAAAGCUGUUCUUCCUCCGGCGUCCAGAUGAAGAUCCCCGUCUCCCUGCCCAGCAUCAUGACCCGGACCUCCACCCGGAGCGUCUGGUCCCAGCCAGUGGUGGCCUCUUCCUCCACCUUCGCCUCCACCUCCACCACCUCCUCCUCUUCCUCCCUCCCCUACACGGACCUGCCUCGCAAACGCAAGGGCAAGGGCUCCUCGGCAAGCAGUACGCCUGGGCCUUCCCUGCACCAGAUGCCUAUGUCUUCAAGUGACAGCUAUAAUGCUGAGAGUCUCAGCAACCUGGAAAGGUUUGAGGAUGAAGACCAGCAAAUCAAAAUGAAAUGCUUCAGCCCUAGUGUCUUGUCAUGUAGUCGAGAGCCACAGCCUCACAGCCAGAUUGAGAAGCGUCGUCGGGACAAGAUGAACAACCUGAUCGAGGAGCUCUCCACCAUGGUGCCCGCCUGUAACCCCUUAUCCCGCAAGCUGGACAAACUCACCGUCCUCCGCAUGGCCGUGCAACACCUCAAGUCUCUUAAAGGGUCGACGAGCUCAUUUUCCGACGCCCACCCCAAGCCUUCCUUCAUGCCAGAUGAGGAGCUCAAGCACUUAGUGCUAAAAGCUGCAGAUGGCUUCCUGUUCGUGGUGAGCUGUGACAGGGGGAAGAUCAUCUUUGUGUCCGAGUCCAUCUCCAAGGCUCUCCACUACAGCCGGAUGGAGCUGAUAGGGCAGAGCCUGUUUGAUUACGUCCAUCCCAAAGAUGUCAGCAAGGUGAAGGAGCAGCUUUCAGCCUCCGAGAUGCAUCCUCACGACCGCCUCAUUGACACAAAAACGGGGGUAAAGGUUCCGUCUGACGUUCCGGCUGGGUGCCACAUUGGCACGGGGGCACGACGUUCCUUCUUCUGCCGGAUGAAGCUGAGCAGAGUGGCGGGGAAACAGGCCAGGAAGACCCAAAAGAAAGAGUCCCAGCGUUACUGCACAGUGCACUGCACGGGCUACAUGCGCAGCUGGGCCACCCACCAGCUGGACAUGGAGAGCGAGGUGGAGCUGGACCAGGAGAGCAUGCACCUUAGCUGCCUGGUGGCCGUGGGCCGCAUCCAUGCCGACACCGGGACGGAGGAGGAGGAGGAGCUCCCCAACGUCACCGUCACGCCUACUGAGUUCGUCACCCGCUACGCCAUAGACGGCAAGUUUACCUACGUAGACCAAAGGGCCACCACUGUCAUUGGCUAUUUGCCUCAGGAAUUACUGGGAACGUCUUGCUACGAGUAUUUCCACCAGGAAGACUUGGCACAGUUGACAGAGAGCCACAGAAAAGUCCUCCGCAGCAAAGAAAAGAUAACCACACACUGCUACAAGUUCAAGACGAAACAAGGCUCCUUUGUGACACUCCAAAGCCAGUGGUUUAGUUUUAUAAAUCCGUGGACCAAAGAGGUGGAGUUCAUCGUGUCAACAAAUAAAGUCUUGUCGCGUUCUGGGGAAGGAGAGGAGAAGGCAGGAGAUGCAGGUGAUAUCAGGACACCUGAAGUGCCCUCAGCACAGGAGGCCAAGGGCUCGUCUCCAGCUAUUCCGGGAAUCAGCAGCGGCUGGGGAACAAUGAUCUACGCUGGAAGCAUCGGGACCCAAAUCGCCAACGAGUUGCUGGAUUUCCACAGGAUGAAUUCUCCCUCCAGUGGGGCUCCCAGCCCAUUUUGUUUACUUCAAGACAAGUCUCCGCUGAUGUCCACGCAACCAGGCAGCAGUGGAAGCAGCGCGCCAAGCAGAGAGGAUGAUGGCGAACAGCCUGGGAAGUCUGGGGUGGAGGUUCGCCACGGACCCAGCACGGCUUCCUUCCUUCCUAGCGGCCCUCCAUCCACCAGCGCAGGCGAGGGCUCCCAGCUGGACCUGGAGACGGUGGUGGCGGGGCAGGGCGGCCUGGGCCUGAGCAGCGACGAGGCAGCCAUGGCCGUCAUCAUGAGCAUCCUGGAGAACGACGCCACGCUGGCCGACACAGUGGACUUUGACGGGUUGCACUGGUCCCCAUGACCACAGGACACAAAAUCAGGAAAAAAACACCUUGCAUCUUACAAAACACUUACACCUCUUUAUCUUUCUCUCUCUCUCUCUAGUUCGUUCAUUCUCUUGUUCUCUCUCUCUCUUUCCAUAGUUCUUUUCUCACUCAUUUCCACUCACCCACAUCAUCUUAACUAUCUCCCUCUCCGCUCUCUAUUCCUCCAUCUCCUGUACUUUCCAUUUCUCUAUCCUGUCUUUCUUUGGAACUGUGCAGCAAGUGGAACCCCAUCCAGCAUCACACUUUUGAUGGUAUUUGACCAGGUGGGCAUUUUUGAUGCUGAGGGCAUAACUGUCGUGUCACAUGUUGACAGUCACCUAGACCUGGGCCAUUCCCUAACCCUCACCGCCAGUGAUGUUAUGUUGCCGCGAGGGGGUGCUUUUGAACUGUGCGUCACUUUUUGAUGCCAAGGGCGUCAAAAAAUUGCCAUCAAGUCAAAUAACAUCAGAAAUCAAGGCGUCGGGAUGAAAACGUGUAGACGGCGCUCCAAAAACCGAACUAGUUUCUGACGGAUGGACAAAAGCAAAAACAGCACUGCACCCUUAUGUGGUGACAUCCAAGCUUGCUGCUGUCAUCAGUACUGUACUUUCACAUGGGCUGUCAGCAAUACAACAUUCACCCAACCAUCUGCUUGGAGUGGCGGUAGCCUGCAGGUACUGAGUAAAGAGGUCAAAGAGGAAUUGCACUCCCUCCGUUUCUUGUUGUGUGACACCAAUGUCCAUUAAUGUGUUGGCAUAAUGGACUAUUUCCAACAGGUUCCCUUUUUUCCCUUCAGUCUACCUGAAGUCCAGCUUUUCUUAUACUUAACCCUCUCUCUCUCUCUGUCUCUCUCUCUCUCUAGUUCUUUUCUAGCUCCAUUUCUCUGCCAUGUUCCUCAUGCCUUUCAUUAGAGUUUUGGACUUUUAUGCACCAUAUUGGAUGGGUGCAAAUGGAGGACUGCAAAAAAUAGGGAGUGGGGGGGCAAAUCCCUCGGACUGCAACCUAACUUUCACCUCCUGGUGAUCUGAACAUCCCACACUGCCUUGAGACACUUAACCGACUAGUAGGGGUUCACUGCCUCAGAUGUCUGCAGCCACCGCAAGAAUCUGACUUUGCGGUUUUAUCACUGAUAAGAAACGUGUCAUGUAUUUAUAAAUGUUCUGAAUGUUUUUGAUUUUUUUUUCAUAUUUGCGAAAUAUGCAGCUGCUUCAUUCAAGAGAUAUUCCCUUGAUGUGCUUUUUUUUCUUUACUUUUUGUUACUUAAUCAACAAAUAGGGUGGUUGAGGAGCAAAUAUGGGAAAUUACGAAGACUUGAAUACAGUGUGACUUAUGUGUUUUAUCUGUAAUUUUUGCGUUGAUAUUUCUUGUCCUGUGGUGCUGUGUCCUGUGGUCCAUCUUUGCAACAUGUGGCAAAGA